AUGAGCAGGAGCUGGCAACGGCCACCAACGGCACAACUAUAUCGAAUUCCAUCCACCUCCGCCCUCUCGUGGACAAUCCCAACACCGGAGAUCCGUCUCCAUGCCGACCCAUCUCCCAGUGUGAUACCGAAGAUCCCAUCUCUCUCGCGCGCCAACGACGUGACACACGUGUCGUACGAGGCACCGUGCGGCUACAAGAUGAUGAACCAGGGCGGCAGACUAGCCGUGAUCAACCCAGAUGGUGACCGUUACUCAGGGGAUUUUGGAACUGGCCCCAUUUACAUUACGGGAUCUGAUGUAUCCACGGAGUACGGAGUAAGGCACAUGUACAUUGUACUAUUUGUGCAGAAGAACGAUGCAGUAACGGAGGUUCGGAGUGUACGGAGGCCGGAGAGCGGAUACAAUGCACACGGAUCGGACUUGGGAAUCGCGAGCAAAGUCGGUGGCUGGAAGUGA